GACGCCGAGUUCAUGCAGACACACGUUAUAUUCACUGCUACAGCUCAGUUUAUCGACUUCGUCCAAGUCGACGGGACGAGGCUCAUGCGAAAGCCAGAGGUUCUUCCCGGUGAUGUCGACCAGUAUCCACCAGAGGCAGUCCCCCACUGCACGACGAAGUGGACACCGAACAUACUGCUACAAUGGCUACUGACUCACAAGGUGGACCGAUCGAAGUACGAAUUCCAUCCCUCGGGAAGUGGGAGCGGAGCUUGGUGUGUUGCUAUUCUCGCAGGUUUGGACAACAACGGGGUGCUGAGGACUGGGACUUCUAAAGCUCUGCAAUGGGUUGUCGAGCAAUGUAGCACGAAGGCGGUAAUUCCUGACAAAGUAGGUCUCUGGAUUGGGUAACCGGUGAACGUUUUUGGCAAUAUGGAAUCUUUGUUGUAUUUUUGUUCAUGAUGGUGGCGUAUCUUCGAACACUUCGUAUUUUGCGCUUCCUUCUCUGUGUCUGGCCCCAUUCAUUGUUUCUGUAGGUUGGCCAUCGCUGAACCUGUGUCAGAUACAUGCACAGAAAUUCAA